CAUAGGAAGUCACAGAUUUACAUGUUCUAUCUUAAACUUUUAAAAUGCAGGAUGAAGACACUGUUUGAAGAGAUCAAAGCAUCAAUUAAAAAUAACUAUAACCAAGAUCGCUCAUUUUGGAGGCCUGUUCUUCCUUGGGGAGGUGUUUUUACUAUCAAAGCUGGCCGCAAAGCAGUAUCCUGUACCCCACUCUAUGUUGAAAUUAGACUGAAAAACACCUGCACCAUAGAUGGAUUCUUGAUGUUAUUAUAUGUCAUUCUUAAUGAAAAUGAAAAUUUCCCCAGGGAACUCUCUCUUCAUUUAGGUAGAGAGUUUGUAGACUGUUUCCUUUAUUUAAUGGACACCUACAGUUUCACAACUGUGAAGCUACUUUGGAUUUGGGACAAGAUGGAAAAACAGCAAUACAAAUCUGAAGUUCAUAAAGCUUCAUUAAUAAUUGAUUUAUUUGGGAAUGAACAUGAUAAUUUUACAAAAAAUCUCGAAAAUCUCAUGUCUACCAUACAAGAGAGUUACUGUUCCAACUGGCGAUGCCCAACUCGAGUGCAGGAAGAUCAGCAACGCACAAUUAAUAUAAAUCCUCCCCAAGAAAUUCCUCAUGGAAAUUUGAUACGACUGGCUGUGGAUGAGUUAUUCUGUUCCAGGAUUGAACUGUGUGAAGAGAGUGGCUGUGGUGGCUUAAGAGAAUUUUCCCAGCGAGUUUUCUGCCAUGGGGCACCCCCUUUUGUUGUCUUAAAUAUGCAGCAUUGGAAAUCUGAAGAUCUGGCAUAUGUACCAUAUUACUUGGAUUUAUCUGAUCACAAGUAUUUGUUGGAAGGUGCCACAUUAUUUAACAAAGAGGAACAUCAUUAUUCUGCAGCUUUCCAGAUUGAUGGACAUUGGAUGCACUACGAUGGACUCAGAAAUGUGAAUUUAAUUUUGUUAAAUAAACCCCCAGAGUUUCUCCUCUUGUCAUCAUUGGUUUAUAUUCGAGCAACAGAGAAAUAAAUAUAGACUGAUGCUAAAUUAAAUUGUUUUCCCUCCUGCCCAUGCUCCCCCCAAGAUGAAGGACUUUUAUUUUGUAUAUACUUGGUAUCCAAGGAAAUAGUUGAACUAUACUAGUUUCAGAGGUGUAUUUUCCAGUGUUUAGCCCCAGGUAAAUAUUAUAUAUGGAGAAUCUAUGCAAAAAUAUUUGUAUUUCUUUUUUCUAUGUCCUGGGUAAUUUUUAUAUAAGCAUACUUUAUGUUGAAAUAAAUAUAUCUUGUAGCCUUUGUAUUUUUUAAUUAUGCAUACUCAAAAGAUUUUUAUAGUUCUGUCCUUGAAAGCAAGAAAAUACUUCAUCAUUUGAAUUCUCGGUUUUUCUUUUUGGAUAUUCAAAUAAAACCUGGGUACAAAUCAGUAUUUCAGUUUAUAUAAAUUUAACAGUUCAAAAUGUAUUUGACUAUAUUUUUUGCCCUACCUCACUAAAAUCCAAAGUGCACUGUUGGAUCUAGUAUGGAUUUGAAUGUCGAACUUAUAGAUGGCUUAAUCUUUUUUACUCAUUGAUUAGCCUAAUAGCAGUUUUUAAAAAUACUUUGGUGAGAAUGUUUUUCUGGGCUUAAAUUAUUUCUCUAUAAUGGCAAAUUACUUUAACCACUUGCUCUGAAGUAUUAUAAACCUGCCAGAUUUUAAGUAUUAACUGAUUUUAAGUGUUAACUAAAACUUGCAAGCUUAAAGUUAUUGUUACAAAUAAAAUAUAUAACUAAUCUAACAUAAUUAAAUGUAAUGGAAAUUCUCUAAUAAAAAUCUGUUCUGAAGAUAAGACAACUAUAA